AUGGCCAAUCGUCGGUCCCAUGACAGCCACAUAGGAAGCAAGGCAUCCAAUAGUGGCAGCAGUGGCAGCAGUGGCAGCAGCGGAGGCAGCGGAAGCGGCUCACACAAAUGGAUUAAUCAGCUACGGACAUUGCCAUCAAACCCACAAUCAAAAGAUUUCCUCAAACUAGAAUACAUUGAUGUGAACUUGAACAAUUCUCGGAAAUUGAUUACCAAUUUGAACAACUUGACUAAGGAGACUAGUGAGUAUGUCAAAAACCUUGACGUACAAGUGAGUGGAAACUUGGUGCAAUUGAAUCAGGUGGAUAAGGAAUUAGCAUGGUUGGAGUGA